GAGAGCUAUUUAAGCAGUAGACAAGACAAGUAAACGUGAAUGAUGUAAAGAAUGAUGAUUCCUUGACCCAGAGACUUAGAUUUGAGUUUGUUUGUAGAUACCAGAGGAUUAGCUAAGGGUUGCAGGAUGAAUUAUGCCAGGUACCUCACCAAGAUCAGUGCUGCCAGAACGCACUCCGCCAUCAGAAUUCUCUCUGCUAUAGUACAGGAAAACCCCUCUCUGAUCACCAUGGCAGGAGGUAUGCCAAAUCCACAGACAUUUCCUCUUCUUGAUGCUAGUCUUACACUCAGGGAUGGAACAAAAAUUGACUUAGAUGCCAAAGCAAUGAAAAGUGCCUUACAGUAUUUACCAACAAAAGGGUUUCCACCCUUGGUUAAUUUUCUUCAUGAUCUACAGUAUAAAGUUCACAAUCCUCCGACCUAUGAGGCAGUUAAUCACCCUGGUCAGAUGGACGUUCUCGUCACCACAGGGAGCCAGGAUGGCCUGUGUAAGGCUUUUGAGGCUAUGGUAACAGAAAAUGACAAAGUUUUGGUGGAACACCCAGCCUAUUCUGGAACUUUAGCAAUUGUGAAACCACUCACAUCAAAUUUAAUCCCAGUGGAGUCGGACAUUAAUGGCCUGAAUCCCUCAUCUCUACGUCAAGCUUUGUCCAGGUGGUCCCCUACUGAGGCCAGACAACCUGGGUCUGAUGCCCCCAAACUCCUGUAUCUGGUCCCCAAUGGAGGGAACCCCACAGGGGCAGGGCUUACACUGGAGAGGAAGAAGGAAAUUUACAAGAUUGCUCAGGAGUAUGAUCUGAUCAUCCUAGAAGAUGAUCCCUAUUUCUAUCUGCAGUUUACAAAGCCAUUUGUUCCCAGUUUCCUGUCAAUGGAUACGGAUGGUAGAGUAGUGAGAUUUGAUUCCUUCUCCAAGAUCAUCUCCUCAGGAAUGAGGCUGGGUUUUGUCACUGGACCGCGACCUCUGUUAGAGAGACUGGAGCUUCAUCAACAGUGCUCAGUGAUGCAUGCUAAUGGGAUUUCCCAGAUAAUCCUUCAUAAAAUCCUGGAAAACUGGGGUCUAGAAGGAUUCUUUAAGCAAACUGAAAAUACAGUAGAAUUUUAUCAAAACAAGAGGGAUCAGUGUCUAAAAGCCAUGGAAAAACAUCUGACAGGUCUGGCAGAAUGGUCCGUUCCAUCAGGGGGUAUGUUUGUUUGGAUCAAGCUGAAUGUGGAGGACUCGUAUAAACUUGUGACUGUCAAAGCUCGGGAGAAGGAAGUCUUGUUUGUUCCUGGGAGUGUCUUCAUGUUAGAUAGCACUAAACCUUGUCCAUACAUCAGGGCCUCGUAUUCUAACUGUACUGAGGAAGAUAUGAACACAGCAUUUCAACGACUGGCUGAAAUAUUACAUGAAGAGAACUAAAAUAAAAGUCAAAGCUUGUAUGUUUUAACCCUCUUCCUGUGAAAAAU